GCCUCGAGGAGAGUUCUUUAGAAUAAUUGGAAAUGGCGGAGCAAAGAGAACACAGCUCACUGCUAAUUCCUUGCACAAAGCAAAUCAAAACACUCGUUAAGUUACACAUAUAGCCCUGUAAUAUCUGCCAAUGGCUGACAAUCGUGCCAGGGCAAAAGAUCCACGUUCUGUUUCCAGGAAUUGCGAAGAAUCAUUGCAUACUAGCAGAGGUAUCAAUGGAGAUGAUGGACAUAGCCACAGUACGAAAACUUCUGCGAAGCGUAAUUACAAACUGCUUAUAGAUCCUGCAAUCAAGAAAGGGCACCAGAAAAUCUAUCGUUUCGAUGGCGUUUUCCCAGGCCAACCCCCAGUUGUUCCUCGAGAUCCUAGACCACCUCGGACAAAGCUAUGGACUGCAAGUGUUGCUGAUCUUCCGAUACCAAGAUUCAAGGUCGACAAGUACUAUGUUGGAGCCCUGCCACAAAACACGAUCCGAUUCGGUUGUCUAAACGACAACAUAAACCGUCAAUUUUUACGAGAACUUUGCUCAAAGUUUGGUAAAAUCGAGGAAUGCAAAGUUUACUAUGAUAUCAAGUCGAAAAAGCAUCUGGGAACUGGUAAAAUCACUUUCUCGUGUGCGUCAGCAGCGAGACAAGCCGUUUCAGAACUCGAUGGAACUUCAGUUAUGGGGAAUAUCAUUCGCGUUUCAAUUGAACGAAAAAAAAAUGCCCAAACCAAACCUACAUUAAGCUCCAAAGAUCCCCGCGAAUUCCGUGAUCCCAGACGGUCUAAUUCAGUGGGCUCAUCACAGCCGGUGCUGCCCACUCCAUCUCCAAGUCAAUAUUCGCCUUCAGUUGAAAGCACUCCUCCAACUCCCCUUAUCGGCUCGAUGAGCAGGGCACAACCUGUAGCUGGCCUUCGAAUAGGAUUGUACGGUCGGAGGGGCAGCUCUGUGGAGACCGAUGCAACCCCAUUGGAAAGCCCUGCCAGUAUCUGCUCAGCAUCCUUUAACAGUGCAACAUUCGAACCAAUUUCACCCCCUCCUGUCUCGCGUUAUCGAGCAUCUUCGAGUGACUCCACUUCGUUUCCUCCUCCGCCACCCCCAGAUAAAGUGUCAAAUGUUCCUCCGCCACCACCACCUACGAAGCAAGAAAUAUACGAAGAUAUCUCGCCUACAGCAAAUUUUGAUGAUGACUCGAAAUCGCCAUCUUCUGAUAAAAGAAAACAUGGUAAAAAUAAAAAUGCUAAGCGAGGAAAGGAAACUUUUGUGCAAGCCCACCUUUUAGGUUUGAAAAUCGCGUGUGGUGUAGAAAAUUGUAAGAAACGAGAUAUUUCAGAUGGGCAUAAACAUGUAAAUGUGAAGCCGCACAAAGCUCAAAGCAAUUAUGAAUCGCCGAAUCAUGAAUCCGAGAAAGGGAGUGUACAUGCAAAGAAGGAGGAGAAGCAUUCUUCUACUUCAAGAGAAGAGUAUAUCUCAGAGAAAAAUGCGUCAUCACAUGGUCCCAAUAAUUCAUCGAGGAAAACUAGUGGAUCAGGGGGCUCCAAAGACAGGGGGAGAAGCGGCUCACCCUACAACCGUGAAGCGAGUAAUGUUGGCUUGAAGGCAUCGGGAGAAACAAGUGACUCAAAACUUGUGCGACGCGGGGAUUCAGCGCAAGAUACAGGGAAACCGCAAAACGAAUCUGUUUAUGAGGCGAUUUCAGACAGCGACGAGGAUGACAAGGAGAAACGCAACGAACUCAAUAAUUUUACAGCAAAAAAUUUACAUGUUGAGGAUAUAUCACCAGCAAACUCUCCGGUUACAAGAAACUCUAUGAAUGGACCCACUACCAAAGAGCUCUUGGCAGUAGAUAGUGCAAUUGAGACCGUGGCGUCAGCGGAUGCCAAGGAUACUGCGAAGGCAGAAAACGAAAUGGACAUUGAUGAUGAUGAUGACGAUGCGAUGUCGCUGUCAUCCAUCAGCUCAAACGAAGAGUCGGAAUUGGUUCUGAAUACUCCAGUAACAAGAAUGCAGGUUCAAAUGCCAGUAGCAUCAUCUUCUGGUACCGUUUCUUUUAGUCAUUUGAAUGUAUUUGCAACUGCAAGACCAGGCAUCAACUUAGCCAGACCGCCUGGUCCCCCUACUAAUGUUGUUGCACCACCCCCUGUUAAUCUAUCUGCUCCACCACCUGUUAAUGUUGCGCCCCCGCCCCAAAUGAAUAUGCCGCCCGUGAAUGUACAUCAACCGCCAAUGAACGUUCAGCAAACGACAAUGAUCGCUCGUAUUCCGCCCCCUCCGCCUGUGAAUAUCCACGUCCCUCCUCCUGGACAUCCAUUCAAUCAAGCUCUCCCCCAGCCCCAUGCACAGCAACAGCAACAUAUGCCCCCAUAUGGCCCUCCGCCAGGACCCCCGCCUCCUGCGAGACAGUCACAGCCACUUUCAACGUAUCCACCCCAGUCUGGUGCUGGUGGAUUUAUUGGAUCGUAUUCGAGACCUUAUUCAGGAUUUUUUCCAGGAAAUUACCCGAAUUAUCCGAAACAUAAACAGGAAAGGCCUGCGGCAGCAAUCGUUAAGGAAAUACCUUACGAGGAGAAGCUGCGAAAUUCAUGUACACUUAGGACUAAAAAGGAUCUUAAACUUGUCUUGCAUCGCGACCUAAUCAAACGGCUUGUCGAGCAUUCUGGAUUUUCAGCACUGGAGGCUUGGUGGGAUAAUCAAACGAAAAAGAAGGACACCUCUCUAAGCAGUUCUCGAUCAGCAGCCACCUCCAGUACCUACACAUCACCUUUAGCGCAGCCGCAAGUUGAAUCACCUGCAAAUUCGACUACGUCAUCUCUGCUUAGCAGUUUAUUCCGUCGUUCACACCAACCGUCUCUAUCUUCCUCCUAUGCAUCACCGACAAGUUCACAUACUCCUGUUGCCAAGAUACCAUCCUUCAGAAUCAAUCGUAUACCCCAAGCCAGACCAGUAACGAGAGAACCUGCUGCCAAAAGAUUCAAAAAGGAGGCACAUGCGCAUGAUUACGAGGCUGUCAAUAAAGUAAGAAGAGUGGAAGAAUUCAGUGAUGAAGAGAGGACAGUGAAAGAAGAAGAAUCUGAGUCGGACUCUGAUAGCGAAGUCGAAAGGACAUUGCUUGCAAGUAAACGGGCUACUGUUCAAAGCGGAUCUUCCUUGUACCAAAGUAUUUACAAAUCAAGCAGUGAAGAAGAAGUAUCAGCUGAUGAAGAUAAGUCCAUGGAAUCGGAUGAAGAUGAAGAAGAUGAUGAAGAAGAAAAAUUCCAAGAUUUGAUUAGUAAGCAAAAGCUGAUGAGCAAGAUAAGUAAAGAAAAGCUGGAGAAAGAUCGAAUGUCAGUGGAAGAAGAUGAAACUGUUUCUGAUGAAGAAGAUGAGGAGGACGAGGCAGAAGAGGCAGAAGAAUCUGAAGAUGAAGAAGAGGAAGUUACGGAUGACGAAGCAGAAGAUGAAGAGAGCAUGGAUGAAGAUGAGUCGGAAUGGGAAAGCAGUGGGGCGGAAGAAGCCGUCAAAGAAGUCAUGAAAGAAACAGAGAAAAGGCUUGAGCAGUUCAAAGAGAAAUCUGCAAAGAAACAAGACCAGGAGAAGAAACUUAUAGAGCAUGAAAUUAUGAUGGUGGAGUAUUUAAAGCGAAGGAACGAUCAUUUGAAAAUAGACCAGGACGAUAUUAAUGCACAGGACACGAACAAAAUUGUUGACAGAGGUGUGGUUGUUGAACAGAAUAAGGAUGUGCUACGGAAUGACAAAUUUCAAGUUAAGACUGAGCCAAAAUACUCUGAUAAUGACCAGGUUUUAACAGAAAUUGAUCAGUUGAAUAAGGAGAACAUCAGGCAAUCCAAGGUUACAGAUGGGCUGAUUAAGGGGAAAAAGGGUGAGAAAUUCACUGAGAUUGUGGAAGAAACAAUAGAAGAAACCCAAAUUUCAACAAAAGUUAGCAGUGAGCUAGUUACUACCGAGAUUAAAGAGGAACUUAUUUCUGAGGAGGUGAUCGAAGAAAUUGAGCCAGAUGAAGAAACGGUGAACGAAGAAGUUUUUAACGAACAUUCUUAUGCAUUUAAAACUUCGUUUAAAAAAGAAGAUGACAAUUUUAAAGAUGAAUUGCCGUCUCCUAUUAUCGACGUGGUUGAUGAUGAAGAAAGUAAAGACUUUUAUCAUAAGGAACCGGAACCAAAGCCAGUUUUCCCAAUGAGAAGCAUCGAGGACGAGAAAUCGAUUGUCUUAGACAUUCUUAGUCAGGGGAUUGAUAACGAAGAUUUGAAAUAUUUGAAGUCAGCAUUUGAGAGUUUGCAUGGAUUUGGAUCAAGUGUCGUCAAAGACCUUCACUGGGCUCACCAUCCUGAAACUCAAAUCCAAGCCAAACAGAAACGAUCGAAAGGUGAAGCAGUGCUACGUGUACACAAGACUGGUUGCGCGCGCAGUGAAGGGUAUUACAAAAUCCCUUACAGUGAGAAGGCGCAGUAUUUAUCGUCAGUCAUGAGGCACCUUGAAGCCAUGGAUGAAAAAGUUGAAAAAGACACGGAUGGACUAAAACACAAACAGCAGUCGAGAGACAACAGGGCGAUGCAGAGACGACUUGUGUCUUCUUUUGUCAACGAUGACUUCGGCGAUCUCGUUAAAUUCAACAAGCUGAAGACUCGAAAGAAGAACUUGAAAUUUGCAAAAUCUGGAAUUCAUAACUGGGGACUGUUCACACGUGAGCCAAUUGCUGCGGAGGAGAUGGUGAUUGAAUACGUUGGCGAGAGUGUGCGUUCGAUUAUCGCGGAUUCCCGCGAGAAACAUUACGAGCAAAGGGGUAUUGGGAGUAGCUACAUGUUUCGACUUGACGCAGAGACCGUCAUUGAUGCGACGAAAGUUGGCAACAACGCUAGGUUUAUUAAUCACAGCUGUACGCCUAAUUGCUACGCAAAGAUCAUCAACGUGGAAAAUGAGAAGAAGAUUGUAAUCUAUUCAAAGGGUGACAUAAAAAUGAACGACGAAAUAACAUACGACUAUAAGUUCCCCAUUGAAGAGGACAAAAUCGAAUGCCUAUGUGGUACGCCGCAGUGCCGCGGUACACUCAACUAAAUCCGUUUUCUAUCGGUUCAUCUCAUACCAAUACUGUGACUCAAAAACCUCAUACCUAUACUACGACUCAUUGUGGCCCAAUGAUAUCAAAGAAAGGCUGGUUUUCAUGUCAGAUUGAUUCAGAGAACCAAAGGUUCCAGUUGUCUUUUGACCUUCAGUAACCUUUCCCUUGUCAACUACAAAUGUCUCCUGACCUGUGGCACUCUACAAAUGAUUAGAAGAAGCCCCAGAUAGCCUGACGAGAAUGGUACAAAAAUCAAUUGAAACUAAAAGUGCAGUAAGCAAGUCACCGUACACGAAUGUAAAACAUCAGCUGACUCAAACAAUGAUGCAUCAUAAUUAGCUGGAAUCAGGUAACCUCGAUUGCGAUGCCAUUAUGAACCGAAAACUAACAUAAAGAUGCGACGAAUUUUUUAAAAUUGCCUGUAUUUUAUGUAAAAAAUUUAAAGUUAUUGUUUCUUGGAACUAAAUCUAUGGUAUGGAGUCAAUGAUUAAAGUUUGUUGUAAUUUUAAAUCCAAGUUUGAUAUGAAGCUAAUUGUUUUGUUUAUGGUUCGUUUUGAAAUGAUUUGUUGAGUCACAAGUGAUUCAAGAAUUGGAGAGCAAAUAUUGAAAGAACCUAUUUUUAAAAAAAUAUUUGAUAAAUGCACAGGGAAAUGGCUGAAUGGUAAUUUGAUGAUGCAUUUGAAGUAUCCGGAGAAACGGAGAGGGAAUAUGUGGUGUCUUUUUGUAUUGUCAUUAAAUGUAUUAACUAGGAUAGAAAAUCCGCGAGAAGAGUUGAGGUGAAUGUACAGUUCCGGAAAAGAAGAUGAUGUUCGUUCUGGAUAAGUUAGAUAUACUUUAUUCUGAUUUAUACCAGAUUGGGAGUUGAAGCCAAGAUGGAAAGAAUUAGCCACUGUAAGAGUUGAUGAUCAAAUCCACUUAAUUUUGAAUCUGAUGCAAUCAUUGGAAACGUUAUCAAAAAUGUACAAUAAGAUCGAUGGAAGUAUGUUUUUAAUUGUUGACUAAAAUUUGAGGAUAUUUUGUUAUUUUUGUCAAUAGAAUCAAACUGGUUUGCUGGGGCCAUCAUAAUCUUCGUUUACUUCCAUUUUGUUUGUAAAUAAAUACGUUGUUCAUAUUUGUUAAUAAAUUUAAAAUGUUUGUAAGAGUUUUGUAGACUCAAUUCUCAAUUCUAUGAAAAAUCAAAGAAGAA